CUACACAACUAACUAACUGCCUAACUAUACAACAUAAAAAGAACGAAGGAGCCAUGAUAGAAACGUCACCCCACACCUGACCUACGUGUGACCCCGGAAUCAAAACAAAACGCAGCGCCGCCAACGCCCAACAGCAAAGGAAUGAAUGACAAAGAAAUGUCACCUGACACUGAGAUGAAAAAAUCGCACCACCGCCAUGACUUGCAAAAAAAUUCCAUACACACGCGCCCUUACCUGUGUGCCGUUGUCAUGCGCACAAUGGUUACCUAACCCAGUCUAAAGCCGUGUGUGCUACAGCAAGCUUACACAACCGUUAACAGUCUACGCUAUUAGUACCUCUGCCAACUGCCUGUGAACCAAGAACCAGCGAUGAGUCGUGUAGCCGUGGUGACCGGAUCAAACAAGGGGAUCGGGCUGGAAAUAGCUCGAGGAUUGUGUAAACAAUUCGACGGGACUGUCUACUUAACAGCUAGAAAUGAGAAGCUCGGACAGGAGGCUGUUCAAAAGCUGAAGUCUGAGGGCCUGAACCCCAGCUUCCACCAGUUGGACAUCACAAAUGAGCAGAGUAUUCAGGCACUGAAGCAGCAUCUGCAGGACAAGCAUGGGGGCCUGGAUGUGCUGGUCAACAACGCAGGGUUUGCCUACAAGAAUGCAGAUCCGACCCCAUUUGGGACCCAAGCAACAGACUCUGUGGGGAUCAACUUCUUUGGAACCAUGGCCACUAGCAAAGCUCUGCUGCCAAUCAUCAGGCCUCAUGGAAGGGUAGUGAAUGUAUCCAGUCAAGUCAGCCAGAUGUCUAUAAAGAAAUGCAGUGCCGAGUUGCAGGCUCGGUUCAGGGACAGGAGCAUCAAGGAGGAAGAACUUGUGACGCUGUUGAAGAAGUUCAUAGAGAAGGCGAAGGCAGGGCAGCACAAGCAAAAUGGUUUCGCCGACUCAGCCUACGGCAUGUCCAAGAUCGGAGUGACUGUCCUGACGUUUAUCCAGGCACGGGAGAUGGAACAGGACCCGAGAGAGGACGUCCUGGUCAACUGUAUGUGUCCUGGUUGGUGCAAGACCGACAUGGCGGGCGACAGAGCACCCAGGAGUGCUGCACAAGGUGCAGACACAGCAAUUUUCCUGACCAAUCUGAAACCCAAAGAGGCACAGGGACAGUUCUUCUAUGACCGCAAACCCAUAGCAUUCUAAAGGAAGAGAAAUGUAUCGCAUAACAUCGCAUAAGCAUAGUGUAUUCCGGUAGAUUUUACCCUCCUUUGUGUGUGUUCGAUGUAUCCAUGUGUAUUCCGGUAAAUAGGUGGACCCUCAGAAAUCCUUGAACGAAAGAAUGGGUCCAUCGAAAUAUAGCAAAACGAGUUAGAUAUUGUCGUACAAAAUAUAGUGUAUUUUACAUGCAUGUUGUGUCAUAUUUUUUAUCAUUAACGAUUUUGUCCUACUUUACCUUUAAUUGCUAUGUUUGCUGCUGCAUACACACACGUUCACACCGGUGAUACAAAUGAAAAUUGUAUGUGCACAAAAUUACGUCCACUGAUAGCCUCCUGAAACUUCUGUAAAGCAAAACAGCUCCGCGUCACUUCGAAUAAUGUGUACUAUAGAACAGCUUUCCUGCAGUACCACUUAUAAAUAAAUGGUGUCUCUUAUAUGA